GCGGUCUUUCAGAUCUGCUGCUGUGCUGGUGGAUGUUCGAAGGAUCAUUGCUUCGUUCUAAAACUACCAGCAAGUAUAGUUAAGUUUGUAAAGAAAAAUAAAGCUUAUCUCUAGAGAAAUUCGAGUAUUCCUAAACUUUAGGUUUCUUGUUUCUUAGAAAAUUAGUUAAUUUGGCUCAGACAUCGGAUCUCAGUGCCAAACUCCAAGUCAACAGAGAAGGUUGUAACCCGGAAGAGUUUCACAGGAACGACAAAAAAUUGACAUGAGACAGAUUCUUUUGGUGGUUCUCAUUUGCUUUGCUGAGCUGGUGUCUUCACAAAAUGGGACAUCAAUUCCAAAGUACAUUUUACAAGCCAGGUUCAGUAUGGGAGGGCUACGGGGUGCAAUAAUGUUUCUACAAAAAGAGCAAAAUCAGCCUCUUGAUAUCAAAGUGCAAAUGGAUCCAUUUUCUGGAGAAUUGGGUCUUGGCAUCUACUCAUACCCAAUGGUGUACAAUGGCAAUGCCCAUGACAGUUGCAGCUCAGCUCAAGUUGGAGCUUUGAUUUCUAAUGGUAACUUGACUGAAAAGCAUGGACCAUUCACGUACAAGAUGGCUGUUACUAAUACUCAAUUGAAGGCAUAUGGAAGAGACAGUAUUCUUGGUCGUACAGUAGUGGUAAGGAACAGAGUCACUUCAAUUGUGAUUGGUUGUGCUCCUAUCCUCCCAUUUGACAAAGAGGUCAUCUAUGCAACAGCCAGGCUCAAUGGGCUUGUUUCUGGAGAAGUAAGAUUUUUACAAGACAAGAAUGAUAGUAAAAGUGGUGUUCUAGUUGUUGGAGAAUUGUAUUACACUGAUGGUAGGGCCAAAGGCUCUGAUAACCAUGGAUGGUUCAUAAGCUCCUCCUCAUCGUCAGAUUUUAAUGACUGUUCGAAACUCACCGCGGUGUACUCAAGUGGUAGCAAAGGCAAUGGCACUUGCAGCAUAUAUGAGCCUUUGGCGUGUGAAAUGGGAGAUUUGUCUUCGAAGCUUGCCAACAUCUCAGUCGGUAUUGCUAACAGUAACAGUCUCAAAAAACCAUUCCGACUUAUUGAUGGGAACUUAGCCGUAGAAAACGUUUUUGGCCAUGCACUUGUUAUUCGUGAUGUUUCAGGAUCUCCAGUUGCUUGUACUAACAUUUUAAAAGGAGGUUCUGUUUCUCUAGCAGCCUCCUUUUCAUCAGGUAAACACGAUGGUGUUAGCGGCUCAGUAUCAUUCAAGCAAGAUUCCCCAUACCAUCCUACAGUCAUCAAAUUUGCGAUAGAUGGCCUAGCAAAAAAAGCCAAUGGAAUUCAUGUGCACGAGUAUCCCAUUCCCAGUCCUGCCCCUGUUUCCAGCCCUUGUGCAAAUGCAGUUGUUGGAGGGCAUUUGAAUCCAUACAAAGUGGUCAAGGAUUCCAGCUACCCUGUUGAUGGGGCUAAUGUUACAAUGGACAAAUACGAAGUUGGCGACAUAAGUGGCAAGUUUGGAAAUUUAGUAGGAUUGUCAUCAGUGCAUAAAGAAGCCGUCGAUGUACAGAUGGACCUGUUUGGUCGGUACGGCAUUUUGAACCGGGGAUUAGUUAUUCACCGGAACGAUGCCUCCGGCUCCAGAUGGGUUUGUGCAAAUAUCCUCCCGGACGCGUCGUCAAAGCAGCUGUCCGCAACCGCAAAUUUUACUACAACCUCUGGUUUACAGGGAACCGUGAAUUUGAUUCAAUUUAUGCUACCAGAUGGUAUUAUGACGGAUACAGGAAUUACAAUGAAACUGGAUUACAAAAGUUCAUCAUCACAGAACACAAAGAACCACAACUGGCACGUGCAUAUAGAGCCAGUUGGAAGUGACUGGAAAUCUGCCAUCAAUGAGCGAUGCAAGAGUGUUGGGCCGCAUUACAAUCCAUACAAAGUUAACGCCACUGGUACAUAUUCAAAAGAAUGUUCCCCAGAUACCCUAUUCCGGUGCGAAUUGGGAGACCUGAGUGCAAAGCAAGCUAAGUACGACAUUGGAGGUGGCAAGCAAUACUACUUGGACGUAAACACGCCUUUGUUCAGCGCAACAUCAGUUAUCGGACGUUCAAUCACCGUGCAUACUGAAAAUGCUGGAGCCCCUCGCUUAGCCUGUGCUGACAUCAUCCCAGAUUCAAUUGCUGCAGUUGCUCAAAUUGAUCUGACAUUCCCAGAAGACGUUCCUUUUAAUAAAACGGAUAUUCAGACCUUUAUCGCAAAUACCUUAAGAAUCGCUUCCUGGCAAAUUCGAUACAUAAAAGGCACCUUGUCUUCAAAAAUCUGCAGAUCUGUCUCCUUUUACGUCCUAGAUAACCGUGGCUCUCCCAACGCAACAUACUACAAGCAUCAACUUCAACAACGUGCCAAAAACAAGCAGUUAGGGAAAUACAAUCCUUGUCUUCCAAUAAGCGCAGGAAUUCAUCAAACUUUUGCUCCAUCUACGUUGACAAUUUGUAUCGUCUCAUUGUUACUCUUUUACUUCGUAAGACAAUAAAAUGUCCUAAAUAAUGAAAUAAACCUUGUCACUCUCUCGUAUGAUUUAACCUUUUAAUUUUUUGUAAGAAGACUGAUUGAAUUUAGGAUGAUAUUUAUGCCGCUGGGUUUUUUGCUUUUAUAGGGAGUAUUCAUACUAUUAAGGGCCAUCGUAUUUGUAAUUUUAUCCAGGGAAAUUACUUUGCUGUCUGGUGAAUGGUGCCAGCAUUGGCCGAGUGUAUUUUGAUUAUAAGCACAAUUUGCAAGAAGAAAUAUGUGACGUGUGCCAGUAAACAAAGACAACGAGAAAAUGACAUCAUCGUCUCUUGGUAAAACACUCCCCUUUUUAGAAAACCAGAGCCUCCACCUCUACAAAAAUAUUUACGGGGGUUUAAACCUUGAAUGGCAAAGCCCCCUUUCAAAACAUUUUAGCCUUGAACGAAUCAUAACAAUUUCUAUUGGCAGGACCGUAUGUGUUACGAUGGAUGGGAGCUUGGUGUGGCCAAAUUUGAGCUAUAUUUGCCUUGCAUUAAAACAUUAUUUGUGGAAUCUCGCCAAAUCUCACCUUCUGUUAUUUUGAUUAAACAUCUCCCUUUGUACUUGUGAUCUUAUUGAAAUUUUCACUAUCUAGAUUGCAUUUUUCUGACACAUAAGCUUCUAGGAUUGCUACCCUCUCCAGUCCCCCUUUGGGUAUUGGACAGGCAAAAAAUAGAGCGGUUUAUAGUUUGGGGUCACUUAAUUACAGAUCCAUCAGCAAAUGUAAGUUCCAUGGUAUAUAAAUAACGUUUAGGACGAUAAUUUAGUUUACUAAUAAUUUCUAUAUUUAAUUUAUAUCAACGAAGCAAGAUACAUAAUAUCAAGAUGCAUUGGAAGUAUAUGUCAAUCGAAGUUGAAAUAUGACUCAAAUCUGCUUUCUUUUUUAUUCUCUUUCAAGAAACGGGACCAAUUAUUUGAAGCAAACAUCUAGUUGCACUGAUUUGUUUGUCCUUAUCCGUAAUUUCACAAUGCAAUUUCCUUUUAUGCUUUCAUAAUUUCAUAACAUUUCUCUGCUUUCAGCCUGUGGUAGUAAUUGUGAAUGUAAUUUAACAGUUGUUCAGCAAUUUUAAGGACCAAAGUACAUCAUAUAAGGUUUUGAUAUUAGGAUGUAUUUAGAUAAAGUAAUGCACCACAAAGUUUGCGAAAGGAAUAUUUCUAGAA